UUCGCCCCAUUAUCGUACUGACCGUUCGUCUGUCCGCAUUCAAAUCACCGAAAUCGCGUAAAUAACGUUUACCACACACACCGUAACACGUACUGCCGUUUCGUGUCUCUCGUAUCGCUGCAGUAACCAACGAUAUUAAUAUUAUAUAAAAUGCGUUUCGCGAGUUGCGCCGUAUUGGCCGUGUUGCCAUUCUGCUUGCAUGCUGCCGUCGUCGUGUCCGGCGACAACAACUACCUGGAAGAACCGCCGCAACAGUCGACUGUAAGCGGAAACUGGGCAUUGGUUACUAGGAUAGCUGACGAGUGUGCCAAGGAUGUGGAUACAGCAGCCUGCUUGGCUGCCAAAACAGCAGCUGCCCUCGAAAGAGCAGCCCGAACUGCCGGUUCUGUGCAAGUGUUGCCCGGUCUGACCGUACUUAAGAACACCGAAGAAGUUGCGUCAUCGCAGAGGGACUCGCGUGCUCUUCCCACUGAAGAAGAGCUCCGUGGACAGCUCCAACAGCAACCUUCCAAAGUCACCGACAUGGUCGUUAACUCAGCCAUCAGAUUCCUCCAAUCUAGGACCCUGCAACUUAAAUUCCCACAAACCAACCCCGAAGAGCUGUCCCGAGCUAUUGAAGAAGGCCGUGGAAAAAUCAAGAAGAAGGUGUUGCCCAUCCUAGGAUUCCUAGCCGUCAAGAUCGUUGCCGUGUUGCCCAUCCUUUUGGGAAUCAUUGGAUUCUUCGCACUCAAGGCGUUGGUAUUCGGCAAGUUGGCUCUGCUUAUCGCCGGUGUGAUGGCAUUCCAGAAGUAUGCUAGUGCAUCUGGUGGCUUCGGCAAGAUCGCUGACACGUGGAGCGCCGGUAACGUCCAGGCUGCCCCAUGGUCCGCACCUGCCGCCCCCAGCACCAACGGUGGUGGAUAUUACAGACGUAGCAUGCAGGAAGCUCAACAGAUGGCGUACAACGGACAAGUACAACCGUCUGCCCAGACCAUCGCGUAAAUUACCCGUAUAGAAAUUUAAUAUCAUUUAAGCGUCACUGCAAAUCGCAGUUUCCAAAAAAAUUUUCUUUCUCUUAAUCGAACUUAUGAGUUUUAAUAUUAUUUACAACGACUAUAUACGCAUAAUUGUGUAAGGCCUUAUUAUUAUUAUUAUUUUUUUUUUUUUU